AUGGAGUCCAAUGUGGUUGAACCGGUUUGUCAUGCCCCAGCUUCCUUCACCGACGACAAUACCACGCAUUCAAAUGACAACCUUCUCAAUUCUUGCAAUGUGGAAGGUGAAAAGUCUAACAAGUUGAUUGUAGACCAUAAAAUUUACCUUGCCGAAGAUGAAAUACCAAGAGUUGGGAUGCGGUUUGAGCAUUUGAAGCUGGCCCAGGAUUUUUAUGCAAGCUACGCAAAGAAAGUCAGUUUUGUAAGUAAGAUACGGAACACAAAUUUUGACAGGAUGACAAAGGGGCCGAUUAACCAAUCUAUUUAUUGUAAUCGAGAGGGCUUCCGUGGGUCUCGUGUCAAAGCACUGACAUGGAAGAACACAAUUGCAGUCAUGGGGUGCAAAGCAAGGAUAUAUGCAAAGUUUGUUACGGAGAAGCAAAAUUGGGUCUUGUUGAAGGUUGAUUUGAGGCACUCGCACCCAUGUUCAACUAAAAAGGCAGUGCACUACCACGAGAAUAGUGAGUUGACCAAGCAUGCGAAAUGCGUGAUUGAGAUUAAUGAUGGGCAGACAUUCGAUCCAACAAGACAUUUCUAUCAUUGGCUAAUGAGGUUGGAAACAAAUCUGAACUUCUUCUACGCAGUGAAUGUGGACGACGAUUAUAAGUUUAGGAGUGAAGUUUGGGUGGAUGCAAGGUGCAAGGCGUCUUCUGAAUACUAUGGAGACUUGGUGUCAUUUGAUACCACAUACAACACGAACCGGCAUAGAUUACCGUUUGCGUCUUUUGUCGGUGUAAACCACCAUGGUAAGUCUACUUUGCUAGGCUGUGCUCUAUUAGGCAGCAAGGAGAUCCCAAGUUUCGAGUGGGUGUUCACGCAAUGGUUGAAGUGCAUGGGAACUGCACCGCAGGGCAUCAUCAUAGACCAGUGCAGGUCCAUAUUUGGUGCAAUUAGGAAGGAAUUUGUGAAUGGUGACGAUGAAGCAGACAUGUUGCAUGCUGCUCUGAAUGAUGCACACACUAGCAUCGCCACAGAGACUUCCUCCAUGGUGGGCACAGAGGACAUUCAAGGUCCAUCAAAGGAUAAUCGUGUAGAAUCUUGUAGAAAUGUAGAUUUGGAUGCUCCCGCUCGGUAG